CUGUUCCCUGGAAACAACCGGGUCAAACACUUUGGUUCCGCACAUCCGAUCGAUUUGAUAAACGAACUUAAUAUUCUUAAAAGUUUGUGAUUUAGAUAGUUUUUUUAAAAGUCAUUUAUUUAGAUACACAGAAACAACAAACUUGUAGCGUAGAACGGAGUACAUUUUAUUUUAAAAAAAGGACUGUUUGGAUUUUCUCACGCUUUUCACAUGCAUGUGAAUGGCCAGAGUUUACUUUAGUCAGUUAAUAAUCUAUUAACAAUUAAUAAUUUGUCAAUAAGAAGCAUUGUAACUAAAUUAUCAUGUAUUCAAGUAGGUUAAAUGCUCCCGAAUAUGACUAUGGGAGCGUGUAUGUUCGUGAAAAAGGAGAACUGCGCUUUGUAAACCCCACAGGAAAUGUGCCUCAGUACUCCAGACCUAAAUCAUCGUAUAAAUUAUUCGAUAAAGAUUUUUCAGUCCGACUCUGUAUUGACAGUUUCCCACCCGCCAAAUGUAGAAAGAGAAACGAUCACUUCGUCUUCACCUACAACCACGAAGGGAGUCUGCGCUACACGGCCAAAUCGCUGCUCGAUAUAUCGUUACUGUUUAUCGCCGAUAAUAUUGAACAUGUCGAUUCCCUGAUCGGUUUCCCCGAGCAAAUGGCUGACAAGUUGUUCACAGCGGCUGAGGCGAAACAGAAAUUUGUAGAGCCUUCUACCUCUGCAAGGGGGUUACAGGUCUUUAGCGAGGCCUACGGAGAACUUGUGUUAAAGUCGCUGUGUUUGAGAGACAGGUCUCUCUUGCUGUCAGAAAGGAUGGAAGAGAUUCGAAUAUUUCAUUGUUUGGAAACUCUGGAUCUUCACGGAUGCAGGUUAGGAGACAGCCAUGACUUUUUCAGUCACCUAACAUCAGAGGCUUGUUCCAGGCUUGUAAAGUUGUUCUUGGGAGCAAACUGUCUGUCGGAUAAAGGCCUGCAGAGACUGACGGCGCCGAUCAGAGUGAUGAAAAGAGGGCUGGAGAAUCUGCAACACUUGGACCUGUCGAGUAAUCCACUGACGGAGAAAGGACUCGGAUAUUUAACAUGUUUCCAGAAACUGCGUGAGCUGAACAUCUCUGACACGAAUGCCAAGGUGGACACACUGCUGAAGAGUUUCUUCAGGAAUAAGAUGUCGAUGGUCUUUUCAGCGUCACCGCUACAGACGUUCACACACUCGGAGUGUAAAACUGAGGGCUGGGCCGAGGAGGUAAUAAACCAGUGGGAAACAAAAGCUGCAGAAUUGCCCAAGAAAAACCCAAAGCCAAGAACAAACGCACUCCAGUUCUACGGAAGGGAGAAGUUUGUGCGAGAGAGUUUACGCUCUGCGUGUAACGAUUCCCAGCGUGAAGACAAGACGAGCGUCAUCCACUUUCACAAGCUGGACCGUCACACUCCGUCUCAACACAGCACGGAUACACACACACGCCUGAACACACCGUCUGGAAAGAAGAGGAAGUUCUCCACGGAAGAGGAGGAACACAUGAACACACACUCGGCAUCCAAGCGCUCUGCGUCUGUGUGUCCUUUAUCAGCUGAGGACUUGGACCUUCUCAACAGUUACUGACCAGCGUCUCUGCAUCAACACACACCGAUACACAAUGCAAUACGUGAAACGGGACGACUGGAGUUUUAUAAGUAUAAUAAAUAAAUGUUAUAACUGUAAUAAAUGUCUGAGGUUCUCACUAGGGCUUGUUAGAGAGGUGAUGUUAGUGGUGUCACUUUGCUUCCUGCUAUCUUCUUCCACUUUAGACUCUGCUGCCAUCAGAAUGUUACGUCAGAGACACAUCGCUGCUUUAAAAUACGAACGAUGCGGCGCGUAACGCUGAACAUGGCGGCUCUCAAGACGUUUCUACAACACACAAUGUUUAUCACAAUAUAUAGCUUUGCUCUCAAACUGAGCAAAACAGUAGUGUUACAUUUUAUUAAAAACAAAACAAACCUGUUUGAGGAUUUAUAUAAUGUCUACAAAAUUAAGAUUUUUUAAAAAAUAGUUUUAUUUAUAGGAAACUUUAAAAACACUGAAAAGGAGAAAA